AUGGAUGGUCAGGCCGAGAGAACCAUCCAAACAUUGGAGGAUAUGUUGAGAGCAUGUGCUUUCGACUUCAGAGGUAGUUGGGAUGAGAAUUUGCCACUAAUUGAGUUCGCGUAUGACAACAAUUAUCAUACUAGCAUCCAGAUGGCACCAUUUGUGGUUUUGUAUGAGAGAUGGUGUAGAUCACCCAUAGCCUGGUUCGAGGUGGCUGAGGUUACUAUAGUUGGACCUGAUACAGUAUUUGAGGCAAUUGAGAAGGUGAAUUUGAUUAGAGAGAGGUUGAAGAUAGCUCAUAAUCGCCAAAAGUCAUAUGCAGAUGUGAGGAAAGACGUUGGUGAUUGUGUUGUUGUAAAUCCUUCGGAAAUCCCUAAUGUUCAAGAUAGUCUUUCAUUUGAUGAGGUUCCUGUUGAGAUUCUAGAUCACCAAGUACGGAAGCUAAGGAACAAAAAAUUUUCAUUGGUCAAAGUAUUGUGGAGGAACAAAUCUAUUGAGGGUGCUACUUGGGAAGCUAAAGAUGAUAUAAAAACCAAGUACCCAUACCUCUUCUCCACAAAUCCUGAUCAACACGAAGGUAUCAUUCUCUCUUAA